AUGUUCCGCGUUUCCAGCGGCGCUUGUUUACGGCGGACUGACCAGCUAGCCGAGGACACGAACCUCCAACAAAGGCAAUGGCAACAGUUCUCUAUAGAGGAACAUAAACCAGCAGCUGAAACCUCCUCGAGCCUGGGCUGCUCCAUCAGGCAGAUGGUGAUGAACCAGAUGGACUCAAUAGAUAGCGAUCCAGCUGCUGAACAAGACAGUGGAAAUCUUCGGAAACGGCACAGAGAACAACGCAUAGCUGGAACUGUGCAGAAGCUUCAAGAGAUGAAACAGAGGAUGGUAGAGGCGGAGAAGAAGCAGAACCAGUGGCUCUACUGGAGGACCAUCCUCCUUGGCAUGGGUGCCGGGGCAGCCCUCAUUGCUGGACUCACAUUCACAUUCUGGACCUUCCUCUCACAUUGACAGACUACAAUCAUUUUCACAAUCAGUAUUAUUAUUACUGACGUUUAUGCUAUAUAUAUUUCCAAAGGCAAUGAAAGUUAUUUGUCUGCUAACAUUAAUAAUAAAUUAGGUAUUCAAACCCC